UAAAAUUGAAUGGGGGAAAAAAUUGAACAGAAGAUUGGUCAGAUAGAAGCACUUGAAUAUUUUUUUAAGGCUAUAAUGAAUUGUUUGAAUUGGGGAAGAAUACACGAAGUAUGAAAAAUGAAAAACUCAAUGAAGAAUGAAGAAAAGUAGAAAGCAAGAGUGAAGUAGAAUUAAAAGAAUCUGGAAGAAUGAAUGGGUCCUAGGUUAAGUAAAUGUAUGGUUUAUGUUCCAGUGUCUGUAUGAUCAAGUUGUAGAUGAAUUUGCAUGAUUACUUAGUUAAUAGAGAAUCAGUGAUCUGGUUCAAGCAGGGACCUAUUUGAGGCAAGCAUACAAUAUUAACAGUGGGUUAGCAAAAUGAAAUUUAUUUUGGAGGGUAUUGCCUAACCAUUUGUCUUUCAGGAGCAAUCAAUAUAAUAGAAUUACUGUACUUAAAAUGUUAGGAGUUAGGCAUUUACACAACCAAUACCAUUUUUAAUACUGUCUUUUUUGUUAGGAGUCUCGCUCCCAGUCAAAAUCUCCAGCUGGGAGUCCUGCUCGUGUAAAAUCAGAGAGCAGGUCAGGAUCUCGCAGUCCAUCAAGGGCUUCCAAACACUCUGAAUCGCACUCAAGGUCAAGAUCAAAAUCAAGGUCCAGAAGACAUUCGCACAGACGUUACACUCGCUCCAGAUCCCAUUCUCAUUCCCAUAGGAGGCGUUCUCGAAGCAGAUCAUACACACCAGAAUACCGACGUCGAAGGAGCCGUAGUCAUUCUCCAAUGUCCAACAGGAGAAGGCACACUGGCAGCAGAGCUAAUCCAGAUCCUAAUACCUGUCUUGGAGUGUUUGGUCUCAGUUUGUACACAACUGAGAGAGAUUUACGUGAAGUCUUCUCCCGUUACGGACCUUUGACUGGUGUCAAUGUGGUUUAUGAUCAACGGACUGGACGAUCAAGAGGAUUUGCUUUCGUUUAUUUUGAGAGAAUUGAUGAUUCUAAAGAGGCGAUGGAGCAUGCAAAUGGAAUGGAGCUGGAUGGCAGGAGGAUUCGAGUGGAUUACUCAAUCACCAAGAGAGCUCAUACACCCACCCCAGGCAUCUACAUGGGCAGACCAACACACAGUGGAGGAGGUGGUGGUGGUGGAGCGGGUCGUCGCCGGGACUCAUAUUAUGAUAGGGGGUAUGACAGAGGAUAUGACAGAUAUGAAGAAUAUGACUACAGAUACAGGAGACGAUCACCAUCGCCUUAUUAUAGUCGAUACCGAUCGCGAUCAAGAUCCCGUUCCUAUAGUCCAAGGCGCUACUGAAGAUCAGAAGAGUUACAGUUCAGGACUUGAUUUUUAAAUACAAAGUUCAGAUCUUUAGCUUUCCCCUUUCAUCUUCCCUUUCUUGUCCUCCUUCCAGCUCUUUCACAAGUCUUUGGUUCAUUUAGAAUAUACAUAUUUUCAGUUGAAGUAUUCCUAUUUUCCAUCCCUUCUUAUUGUAAUACUCUUAAAUAUUGUAAUUGUUGUAGUUUUUGUGUAGUAAAGCAUUUCGAGCAAAAAAAUAGAGAACCCCAAAGUGCUGAUACAUUUUGGAAGUCAUUCCUAUUUCGUUUCUAAAACAGUUGGACUCCUGACUAAUCAGAAGAGAGCAUUGAUAUUUUUAAAGCUUGCAUGUCAUAUGUAGUAUACACACUCGGAUACUUUAACAUAAACCUGCAUUUCCAAGUAACUUGUUAAUCUUUCUGUUAAAGUGUUUACCUAUUACUUUGAUAAACAAGUAAUGACUUUGAGCCUUUUCUGUAAUGAUAAAUUUGCUUAGAUAGUCAUGAACCAGAGGAUUUUUUUUAUUAUUUUUUUUUUUUGUGUCAAGUAGUUGCUUUGAUAGUAGACUAUUUGAGCUAGAUCAGAAUUUGGUAUUUGGCUGACUGGGAGAGUAGGUCCUUGUACACUCAAAAUUAAGGCUGUGGGUUUUAUAGAAAAAAGUUUAUGGAUUACUACACAGUGGAUUACAGUUGAAAUUAAAGUUGUUAAAUUCCUGGGGUCUUUGUGGUACUUGGUUGAAUAUUUCCAUUAAAUUGGUGCCGCAGAAAGAAUAUUUAUUGAACAUAGCAAUUAGUUAUAUAAUUUGCUGUUCAUGUAAGAUAAAAUCACCAACCUUUUGGUAUUGAAAUUAUGAUGGAGCAAGUUUUGUUUCCAGUCCUUUUUGAACUUUUGGAAGUAUGAAUCGAAAAACCUACGGCUACAUGUAAACCUAUUUUUUUUCCCCUCAAUAAAAGUUAAGUCCACUGAUAAUGUG